UUUCAUUCGUCUCUUGAAUUCUGAACGCAACGGUUCGCCUCCGCUUCAAAACGGCUUAAGGCACUCGAAAAGCGCCAGUGCAAAAUUAACUACAGUGCAAAAAUACACAAAACUGAGAUUAAACCAAGUGAUAAGCCAGAGAGCAACAGAAACAAACUAAAACAGACUCUAUAAAAAAAACUCUUUAAAAGAGAGUGCAAUUGAAAGUGCAAUGGACAUGGAUACCUUGCUACCUUCACCACCCGCAACGCCCCCGCUGAGGGAUAAUAAGUUGGAAAACGUCGCUAAGGACGAGCAACAAGUGAGCGAGAACCUGCUCAAGGCCAAACUCAAGCUGGUGGCCCAAAAAAGCCAGAAGAAUGGAGGGAUUAUCACACCCAAUCCCUCGGACACGGAAGACGAGGCUCCGGAAAUGGGAGUUCCCAACAAGAAACCCCGCCUGGAGCAGCCUGCCAUCACAAUGACACCGCCACCGGAUCAGAAGCUGGAAAGGGUUAGCGUCAUCAUGAGGGUCAACAGUUUGGGGGCCGUCUCCACCAGCAACCAAGACGAGAACUCAUCCAGUUCUAGCUCCAGCUCCUGUUGCUCCAGUUCCUCCUUAAACUCCUCCACCAUGAGUACAAUUUCGGUUCCACCCACCGUGGAAGACGACUAUCCAGAGGCCAAUGUGUGGCGCAAUCUCAAGUUCAAGAUGAACAGGAAGCGAGCUGCGGAAGUGGCUCUGACCCCAGUACAAAAGCCCGAGGCCGAAACACCAGCUCCAUCUGCUCCAGCGGAAAAGCCACAGGAGGUGGACGAAAUCAAACCAUUUGUGACUCCUACUCCAGUCUAUGUGGCCCCAGUGGCUGCUGCUCCAGUAGCCAGCCAGCUCAUCCUGCUCAGCACGGUGGCUGCCCAACAGAGUCCCACGCCCAUACCCACCAUACCCACCACACCCACAAUGGCCGAGGAAAAGCACUCCACCAGAAUCACUGCAGCUCAGGCGGCGGCCACCAGAAGUCGCAUCUACGAGUGCAGUUUCCCCGAAUGCGGCAAGAACUACUUCAAGAGCAGCCACCUGAAGGCCCACCAAAGGGUGCACACCGGCGAACGACCCUUCAUCUGCAAGUGGGAGAACUGCGACAAGAGAUUCUCCCGCUCCGACGAGCUGUCGCGACACAAACGCACCCACACCGGCGAAAAGAAGUUCCAGUGCAGCGUAUGCCAAAAGAAGUUCAUGAGGAGCGAUCACCUGUCCAAGCAUGUGAAGCGGCACAACAAGGACAAGGCAAACGGUGUGAACCGGCAUGUCUCGCUGAACAGCAACAGCUCCUCCUCCUCCUCCUCUGCAGGAGCUCCUUCCGUCUGCGAUGCCACGCUCCAUUUGCGGGCGAUAGCACCGGCCGCCGCCAGUACCACCAGCUGCUCGCCCAUCUCAUCCGCCAGUUUGCAAGUCUACAGCGCCCAGGAUCUGCUUAGGUUGCAGCAGCAGGCCAACAGCUUCAGCUUCGGCGGAACCCUGAUCCAGGUGCAGCGAUGAUGAAGACUGGAGGAACUGCAGCACCAGAACUAAUCUCAGCCCGACAGUAUCGCCAGCUCAAUGGAGAAAAAACCCUUCUUUAAACUAGUGAAAAGAUUUCUAAAAUCCUAUGGAAAGACCACACUUUAAGAUCGAAUUUUCCCGCAUCGAGAAUGUUCCCUCUAAUCUUAGAAUUCAAAAUAUUAUUUUGAAGUUUUUUCACUUCGAGUAGCUGGUGUAGACUUAAGCUUAGUUAAGAGCUAGAUCUUGUCAUCGUUUUGUGCAUAUAUCACCUUAAAUUCAAUAGGAUUCGCAUCUGUUAAUCACAAAUCGAAUGGAUGCAAUCUAAGCUACUUUCUUUCCAAGAGCACAGAGCACGUUCUUUAGAUUCAGAUUUAGAUUCUGUAUACCCCUAGUGCUUGUACAUAUUAUAAGGUGGCGCUUUCGGCGCCCAACAUCUGUGAUAUUUAAGUUUUCUUAACUCUUUUCUAUUGUACCAUAGUUAUCGGUCUAAUUCUCUAAAACUUAAACACACACAAACAAUUGUAUUUAUUGCUAAAUGUGGAAAAAAGAGAACAAAAAGAAAAAAGAAAUACAGGAUCCUCACACGAUUCCAAUCUCAACAAAAGAAAAUAAACAUAUUUUCCAAAUAA